AUGGUGAUAGCAAUUGGGUUUGAAGGAAGCGCCAAUAAAUUGGCUGUUGGAAUAAUUCGUGACAAUGAAGUACUUUCAAAUGUCAGACGUACUUACAUUACACCACCCGGUGAAGGAUUUUUACCAAAAGAAACCGCAAUCCAUCACCGUACUCACGUACUAGAAGUCCUCAAGCAAGCGCUAAGUGAUGCUAAGUUAACCAUGAAGGAUGUUGAUGUAAUUUGUUACACCAAAGGACCUGGAAUGGGAGGCCCACUGACAGUUUUAGUACUUGUCGCGCGAACAAUCGCGCAGAUGUAUAACAAACCCAUGGUGGCGGUUAACCACUGUGUAGGGCAUAUUGAAAUGGGAAGAUUAAUCACCGGAAGCAAGGACCCAACUAUUUUGUAUGUCUCGGGGGGUAAUACUCAGAUUAUUGCUUACUCACGGCAGAGAUACAGAAUUUUUGGGGAAACAAUUGACAUUGCUGUCGGAAAUUGCCUGGACAGAUUCGCCAGACUUUUGACGCUUUCUAAUGACCCUAGUCCAGGGUACAACAUUGAACAAAUGGCUAAAAAAGGAAAAAAAUUGGCGCUUUUGCCAUAUGUUGUAAAAGGAAUGGAUGUUUCAUUUUCGGGAAUUUUAUCUCACAUUGAAGAGCGAUUGGAUGAUUGGCUCAGUACUGGAAAAUAUACAAAAGAAGAUUUAUGCUUUUCAUUGCAAGAAACAACUUUUGCCAUGCUUAUUGAAAUAACAGAAAGAGCAAUGGCUCAUGUAGGUUCAUCGGAAGUGCUGAUAGUAGGUGGAGUUGGUUGCAACGAGAGACUUCAAGAAAUGAUGGACGUAAUGUGUAAAGAGCGGAAUGCAAAAUUAUAUGCAACUGACGAGCGAUUUUGCAUCGACAAUGGAGUGAUGAUUGCAGUGGCUGGAUUACUGCAAUACAAAACGGGGAAACCGACUCCCUGGAGCGAGACCACCUGCGUUCAAAGAUAUCGCACUGAUGAUGUUUUUGUAUCGUGGCGUGAAUAA